UAAUUAGACAGCACAUGGAGACAGAAUAACUUAUCCUCCUCUUUUUCUUGUCUGGUCUCUGUGGUGAUCCUGAAGAUCACUGUUCGCAUUUAAAUGCAUAAUGCAUGAGGCGGAUUUACAAGAAUGCCUGUCACACCCAGGCACACAAAACAUUUCCCAGUAACUGACUCUUAAGUAACUGAUUUGUUGCACGACACUCGGCUCAACUGAUCACUUCUCUUUCCCACUCCUGUCGCAGCCUUCGAAUAAAACCGGACUCAGCAAUGACCAGGAUCCAGUUCAUCGUGGUUUUGGGGGUCAUUUCUUUUCUGUGGAUUACUUCAGUAGGAGGAAACACUGAGGUGUCCUGUGUUUUCAUGGAAAGUUGCAUCUUACCGUGUAGUUUCACACUGGGCUCUAAUGUCGUCAUCCACUGGCAUCAGUUGAAAGCUGAAGGACUUCCUGUCCACUCGUUCAAUGACAACCAAGACCAGCUUGGAGACCAGGACCAGAACUUCAGAGGCAGGACGUCACUGUUCAAGGAUCAGAUCUCCAGAGGAAACGCCUCACUGCAGCUGACAGGAGUCAAGGUUCAGGAUGAAGGAAGAUACAGAUGCUACACUGGAAACAAGGAGUCAUAUAUCAACCUGAAAGUGGACGCUCCAGUCCAUGAAGUCAACAUAGUCCAGGAAGGAAACAGGAUCACCUGCAGCUCUAACUUGAACUACCCUGAACCUGAACUCACCUGGUCCACCACACCUCCAUCCAAAGAGACCUUCAAGGACACAACCACAGUCCAGCAGACUGAACAGCAGCUUUACAACAUCAGCAGUUCUCUGAUACUUUCAGACAGUGACAGUGAUCUGGUCUACAGCUGCACCAUCAGCACUGGAACAAACAAGAGGAGAAACCAGAGGAGAGCUACUUUUAGACGACUACUUUCUAUCAACGGAUCAACAUCUGAAACAACAAUCUCUUGCUCUGACUCAAACACUCCUCUAACAACUCUCAUCUGGAGAUUCAACCACAGUCAGAUCGUGGUGACCUGGACCAGGACUGAUGUCUCCUACACAGUGUCAGAGGAGUGGAGGCAGCAGGUGAAGGAUGUAUCAGAGUCAGGCAGCCUCACACUACAGGACCUGUCUUCAAACCAGGAGGGAAUAUACACGUGUGAACUCAGGGAUGAGGAGGAGACAAACUUUACCAACAUCUUUCUGAGGAUAAAUAAAGAUCAAGUCGAGGUUGGAGGCAUCAUAGGUGGAGUGGUUGGAGCCAUUUCAGCUGUAGUAGUAGCAGGAGUUGUCAUGGGACUGUACUGUAAAAAGAAAAAAGGACAACCUGAAAACCAAGAGUCAAACAGAAAUGGAAACCAAAUAUCCAGAGAAGAUGGAGGUGAAACUGUGGCUUUAAAUGAUCUCGAGGUCACAUCUGGAUCCAACCAACCAGCGAACAACUCCGCUCUGCUUCCUCCUGGUGGAGACUCUGAUCAAACUCACCAGUCCAAGUCAGAGUGACUUUCUUAAAUGACUGCGAGCUUUAGAAAUUCAUCUCAAAUGGAAACAAAAAGAGGAAUGAAGCCAUGUCCUGGGGGUUAAAUGAUACUCUGAAGCAUUAACAUUAACUGUGGAGUGGUCCCACUACCUCUACUGCAGCUCACUGCUCCGAGUCCACACACUACUGUGAGAACAAAUGAAUGGAUGCAGGAAAAUAAUUUCACCAAAAGGCAGUGAUUCCGAGCCUGUGGGAUGUGGCCACCUGGUGGGCCGCUAAGGUAUUGCAAGUGGGCCGUCAAAUCAUUUAAUUUGGUAUCUGGGUUCUGGUUGUGCUUUGUGACAUUGAAUGACAAACACCAACACCAUGACAUCUUAAUAUGAUCCAGCACAGUUUUUAUUUUAAAGGAAAAGCCAUAAGUAAGAGUGCAAUGUUUAUUUAGUUUAUUUGAUGUUACUGUAUUUACUUAAACUGAAGUUUCAUCUGGUUAGACCCCAGCAGAAUUUACAUUAUCUUCAUGUUGAUUUAAUGGUCUUCUUUUAAUAUUUGGAUUUAGUUUGGAUCUGAUACUGGAUGUCAAAUUGCUAUAUAUGAGAAUACAUUUCUCCACUGUUACAUAAGAUGCCGUUACUUACCAGUGUCAUAAGGGAUUAAUACAGAAUAAGUUAUAUUAGUUGAUGUGUAUCACAAAUGUUUUGUCUUCUAUUAUCUUUGGAAAAGAAAGGGCUUUUUCUUUGUAUUUUCUUCUUUGUUGAAAAAUGAAAUGGUUUAAUGCAAAUCCAAAACAGCAGAAUUUAACUGGUAGCUAUAAUAAUUUUGAUGGUCAGUUAAUUGGAAAGACACAUCAAUUCCGAUGUUUUACACAACUGAUCUCUGUAGUAUUCAAGAGACACUUUAGUGUCUUUAAAAAGUGACUUGAGUUCAGAUACCAGUUGAUUCAGGUGCUGCUUCUUUCAAACCUCCCGUUAACUCAGCUCUGGUGAAGGUCCAUGUCUGAUGAUGAAUGUCACACGUCCGUUAACAUUUCUGCUGCUUCCAGGUUUGCUCCCUGUAACGACUGAGGCUACUUCAUCAGAUCUAAGGCGACUAGUCAGUGAGCUCACCUGGUAACAGCUGCUGCAGCUACAGAUGUUGAGCAGAGGAGCUGGAUGGACUGAGCUUUAAUGUCUAUGUGAUUUUUGUCAUUUCAGCUGUUUAGCUGCCACAGUCCAUCUUUAUUUUAGAAGUUUUUAACAAGUAAGUUCAAUUAUUGUUCUCUUGUUUAACAGGAAUUUGUUGUAGUUGGUUUGAGUGGGUUAUAGUUUGUUUAGUUUGUUUGUUCUUAACAUUGUUGGGAAACAUUUAGGUCACAAUAAAUAAAAAAAUCCAAUUUUAUUGUUCAAGAAAUUAUACAGAAAUUAAUGAAUGUUGUUUUCACGUUUGUCCAGCAGAGGGCGCCGUGACACCAUCUUUCAUUAAUUUCCAGAUCUGAUUAAAGUGAGAUAUUGACCUCAGCUGCUUCUAAAUAAACUACAAAGCUCAUGUUUUAGUCAUGAAGACACAGGAAAAUCAGAGCAACACCGUGGUUUAAUUCUUUAAUUGGAUCAAAUAGACGAUAGUGGAACAAAAAGGUGAAUGAUAUUUUGAACACACACACAAUACACUUCAUUAUUGGUUUGAUUGUUUCAUUCAUACUCACUGUUAAUUAGGAGGUUCAGUUGAUGCAUUUACUAUUGUCAUGGGGUAUUUUUCAGAAUGCAAGAGACAAUUAAUUCAAUUUAUUUUUACAAGGUUCAGAGUUUAAAUCAUGAAUUCAAUAAGGACAAUAAAACACACAUGGGUGGAGAAAUCUGAACGAAAGCUGCUGUUACUCAGUAGGUAGAGCAGGUUGCCCAUGAACAUGAGGGUUAAUGGUUCAAUCCCUGGGACAUGCCUCAUGCUGACGUGUCCUUGAGCAAGACACCAAAGCUCCAGUUGUUCCCAGAGGUUGAUGCUGUUGUGUGAAUGUGUGUGAGUGAAUGUGUCCAUGUGACUGUGAAGAGGCCACUUUCAGUUUAUAGAGUAGGACAUAAACGAUAAAUAAUUUUGUAAAUAGACACUAAACAUUGAGAGGCCUUAGAGCCGUCUCGAAUGAAUUAAAAGAACAUUCUGGGGUCACAGACCCCUUAUCUGGCCUGUUUGACAAAUUAUUCUGUAAAAUGGGGAAAGUUGGUAGCUAGCUUAGCUACCUCACUGGCUAUUGCAUUUGUGGUGUUUACUCUGUGUGGUUGUUGUUGCAUCCCAUGUAUUAGGGCUCUCAUCGUGUGGUGUAUCAACAAGGCGCUGAGGAAUGUGGAGUCCAAGGGAGCGCCACCAGCGUACCAGAUGAACCUGAAGAGGGCUUGACUCUGCUCGAUCCAAGUGCCGAGAUACAGGAGAGGCCAUUCCAAUAUUCAGAUGGGGACUCUGACAAUGAGCCUGACCUGGAUGAUGUAGUGUGAGCUCGGGGUCUACAAUAACUGAUCUUACGAUGUCAGAAUAGCAUUUUGCUUUGUGGCAUACUUCUAGGCUUUGGCUUUUGAUAUAUACGUAUAUAUGCAUUUUAUACACAUAUAGUGAAUGUUAGUUAAUUUUCCAAAGAUGUUGCACACACAACCUGAGCCUACCGGAGAGAUGGCAACGUGUUUGUGGGAGCACGUUCACGUGAUCGCUGGAAGGAGACCCAGGUUACAAAUAUAGUUUAGGUUGCACCCAUACACCCAUUUUAGACAGGGUUUUUACAUUACACAUUAUUUUAGGGGUGGCAUUCCCUUGGGGCACGUCAACAGGAGGAUUUGUUGGGUUUUAAGGGGGUUAAUAAGGCCUUCAGCCUGUGUAUAACCUUGGGAAGAAUCAAGAAGAAUGUUACUUACGCUAUCUCACCAUAUAAGGAGUUGUCUUUCGCUUUGCUACAGCUUGCUUACAGAUUAGGACCCUGAUAUCUCACUUGCUGGAAACCAGAUGAAGCCAAUUGGCUACACAUAGAAACUCACUGACACAUGAGAACCAGCACUCCUCCCCAAUGUCUUACGGGCGGGGUCUAGGUAGAA